GUGCACGCGUAUAAUGCGCGCGCUAUUUUGUGUCUUUUGUAUGUCAAUCCAUUGGAGAAAUAUCGUAAUUGAAGCUAGCAUGUACUGUAUGUAAAUGGAUAGGUGUGAUUUGAUGAUGCAUAUUUAUCACAGGAUCGGAUUUGACCAUGCCGCGAUUUUGCAAAUUGGGCAUUGGUGAUAAAACCAGCAGCACAGUCGCUUGUGAUUUUGUGUUGUGUAAUUUUCCUGUAUCUCAUUUAGUAAAUGGUUUUCUUAUAUAUUCACAGGGUCUGGAAAGUAGACCAUGCCGUGCAAUAUUGCAAACUGGGUUCCCUAUAGUAUUUAAGUAUAUGUACUUAUGUAGGUGCAGUUAGAUGAUGUACAUACUCACAGCCAGGUCUUGAAAGAAAACCAUGCCGUGAAAUAUGUGAAACCUACGGUUUGUGUCAUGUGUAGCUAGCAGUGGCGUAGUCAGACCUCAAUUUUUGGUGGGCGAAGCGAACGCCGAAGGCGUGAGACCGUCUAGGGGGGUUCGGGGGCAUUUUGAAUUCUAGAGUCCCUGAAAUGCGAUUUCAAGCAUUUUGGGGGUGAAAUCUUGCAGAAUUCCAAAGAUUAUAAAGUACAUCGAAGACAUAAAUUUUCCCAGACAUUUCUACUUGGAAUUAAAUAAAUUGGAAAAGUCAUCCUGAAAAACAGGACGAGGGGUCAGUGUCACCUUAUUUCUCCUCUGUGAUGCGGGGGGGGGGGAAUGUGAUUUUGAUCAGAAGAGACACCACUUCCGCAUUCUAUGACAUUCAGUCCCUCCCGCCCCCUGUUCAACGUUGUGUCACAUUUCUCGUCAGGUUUGAUGUGUUUUAGUUGAAGCAACAUUGAUUCGGGUGGGGUGGGGUGGGGUGGGGUGGGGGAGGGGAGUGGUACUGUGUGUAAAAAACUGUAAUGAUCCACUUACAAUCUAAAACUACAUGUGUCCCAACAACUUCUGAAAGUGAUUGUCUGGGCCCCAUAUGCCAUAACAUCAUUGUAUAUCUCAAAAGUACAGGGGAUAGAAUGUUCGGCGAACGAAGUAUUUCAGCUCCAAUUCGUUCACAGAAGAUCUAAUAUAACAUUUUAAAACAAAUAAGUUUCAUUAACAUUCUCAAAGUUAAUAAUUAACAGAAUAUGAAUAUAAUUUUUUAUGUCAUAUAGCAUUCUUAAUCGUUGUUUGUGUUUACAAAUUAUGGCAGAGGACAAUUGGUUAUUUGAGAGGUUAUAAUCCGUCAAUAAUGAUAGGUAUCGCGAAUGUUUUACGCUAGAUAUGUCACACUUACUGUGGUGUAUGACCCAUGAUGCUUUGGGGUCAUCACCACGAGGCAUGACAGUUGUUUUGGACAUGAUAUUAAAAACACAAUCAAUAUCGAAGAACACUACAUUGGCGACGAGUAUUAUAAACAAUUGAUUAAGGAUUUAGUUUCGAUUAUGAAACACGCGACGAUUGGACUGCAUAUAUAGAAAGAAUUGAACAGUAUUUCCUUGCGAACAAUGGAGCCGAUGAUAAAAGAGUUCCAGUAUUGUUGAUAGUAAUCGGAGGUAAGACGUAUAGUUUAUUGCGAACACUGACUUCUUCUGAUAAAGCUUCGACAAAAUCAUUUGAUCAAAUAGUGGCAAGGGACAUUUGUCGCCCAAACCCUUACUGAUCGCAGAACGAUUUAGAUUUUAUAAGCAGGAUCAAAGAGACGAUGAAUUGAAAAUAUUAAUAAUUAUGUGGCUGAAAUAAGAAGUUAUCCGAACACUGUGAGUUUGGUACAGGGUUAAAUGACUCGUUAAGCGACAGAUUUGUUUUGGACUAUACAAUGAAUCUAUUCGGAAACGUUUACUUGUCGAAACCAGCCUUACGUUCGAGAAAGCGCUAAAACUUGCGGUUGCCAUGGAAACGGCCAUGAAAGAUUCACUUGAGUUGAGGGGGAAAGCCAAGACAAUACUUCCUGUGAACAGAAGCUAAAUUUGUAUGUGGUCGCAACAAAGGGGCCUGCACUUUUUGGUCGAUACUGGCUAUGAAAGAUCACACUAGAUUGGAAAGCAAUCAACACAUUGGCAACCACACCACCAGGAAAUCCAUCAACCCGAUUACAAGAGAUCCUCGAAAAGUAUGGUGAUGUUUUCGAAGAAGAUAUUGGUCUGGUAAAGACUACCAAAGCAAAGCUGAACCUGAAAGAAAACAGCCAGCCAAAGUGAAAACCUGAAAGAAAACCUGAAAGAAAAAAGCCUGCAAAGCAAGACAAGUACCAUAUGCUCUGCGACCAAAAGUUGAGGUUGAGUUGACCAAGUUGCAGAAUGAUGGCAUCUUGACCAAAGUUGAUUCGAGUGAACGGCCAACCUCGGUUGUUCCAGUGAUAAAGAAGAAUGGCAAUGUUCAAUUGUGGGGUGAUUUCAAGCAAACCAUCAAUUCAGUCUUGCACGUUCAACAAUACCCUCUCCCAAGGAUUGAUGCUAUUUUCGCCUCCCUCGGCGGUGGGCAAAAGUUCAGCAAGAUUGAUCUGCGACAGGCGUAUUUACAGAUGGAAAUGGAAGAAGAGUCAAAGAAAUUCCUAACAAUUAAUACCCAUAAAGGAUUAUUCCAAAACAAUUGGAUUGUAUUUGGUGUAGCAUCUGCCCCCGCAAUGUGGCAACAAGCUAUUGAAUAGAAGCUAUUGGAAAAAGCAAGAAGCUAUUGCAACAAGCUAUUGGAUCAGACAUUGGAAGGAAUUCCCCAUGUGCAAUGUAUCCUUGAUGACAUGAUCAUAUCUGGUGCAACCGACCAAGAGCAUCUUGACAACCUAGAAGAAGUUCUCAGUCGACUUAGUGAACAUGGUCUCAGAGCCAACAUCAGUAAGUGCGAAUUCUUCAAAGAAAGAAUCGAGUUCUGUGGUCAUGAGAUCAGCAAGCUGGGUCUGCACAAGUCCCAACAGAAAGUGAAUGCUGUGAUAAAUGCACCACGUCCUGAGAAUGUUUCCCAAGAUCGUUCCUUUGUUCGUCUUAUUAAUUAUUACCACGAUUUCCUUCCAAACCUUUCUACCUUACUUCAACCACUAAACCAGUUGCUCGGAAAAGACAGACGGUGGAAAUGGAACUUGGAAUGUGAGCAAGCUUUUCUGAAAGCAAAGGAGUUAAUUGCAUCCGAGGAAGUCCUUGCACAUUAUGACCCUCAACGCCCAAUCAAGUUAGAAUGCGAUGCAUCUCCGUAUGGGUUGGGGGCAGCUUUAACACAAGUCAUGGGUGAUAAUACUGAAUGACCAAUAGCUUAUGCUUCAAGGUCCCUUACAAAACUGAAAAACUAUUCUCAGAUAGAUAAGGAAGCAUUGGCUUUAGUAUGGGGUGUGAAGAAAUUCCAUACUUACAUAUUUGCACGACAUUUCACCCUGCGAACAGAUCAUAAAUCAUUGACAGCAAUUUUCAGUCCAACCAAGGCUAUACCAGCAACGACUGCUGCUCGAGUCCAACGAUAUGCACUAUUCCUUUCAGGGUUUGACUUCGAGAUUGAACACCGUAGUUCAACACAGCAUUGCAAUGCAGAUGGAUUGUCCCGUUUACCUCUAGCAACAACUGAAGAUGAAGAAAAUCAGUCUGCUGACCUGAUUGAGGCAUUUCGCGUGUCACAGUUCAGCAUGUUGCCUGUCACUUGGCAGCAAGUACGCAAACCAACGCAACGAGAUUCUACCCUCGCCCAAGUGUAUGAGCAUGUCAUGAAAGGCUGGCAUGAAAAUAAAGACCCCAAUCUGCAACCCUUUUAUUCUCGAAGAAACGAACUAACUAUGAACCAAGGAUGUAUUAUGUGGGGGAGCAGAGUUGUCAUUCCCACAAAGUUACGAAGCGAA